AUGUCUGGCAUAACGAUUCCCUACAUUCCAUAUCUAUAUGAACAUGGCACUAACAUCCAGCUCUCCCAGUUCUCUGAGAGACUUAGCAUGGAAAGACUCAGGAACGACGUGUCCUCUCUCCAGACCAGAGUUUCGAAGCUCAAGCCUCCACAGGAGUUUUUCGAUAUCAGAAGACUUUCUAAGCCAGCUGACUUCGGCGAGGUUCAGUCUCGUGUGGGCUACAACUUGGGCUACUACCAGGCCAACUACAUUUUGAUUGUCUCAGCUUUGAGUAUCUAUGCGCUUGUGACGAACUUGCUUUUGCUUUUCUUGAUUGUAUUUGCUGUCUUGGGUCUGCUUGGUAUUAGCAGAUUGGGCGGUGAAGACUUGGUUUUGCCAAUCGGCCGUUUCCCACCUUCUCAGUUAUACAUGGGUUUGGGAAUUGUAUCUUUAGUUUUGGGCAUUUUGGCGAGCCCAAUUUCCACCUUGAUGUGGUUGAUUGGCUCUCUGUCAGUAUGUGUAUUUACCCAUGCUGCUUUCAUGGAGAAGCCAAUCGAGACUGUGUUCGAGGAGGAGGUUUAA